AUGAGCUCCAAAUUGAAGUACACUGAUAUAGAUGUGCCAUUGGACUGGUUGUAUAAGGGAAAACGAAGAAAUAAAACUAAAAGUGUGAGUUCUGCGCGCACUUCAGAGGCUACCUCCACCUCUGUCAAGAAAACUGUUUCUUCGCCGUCAACCCCGGCUGUUUCUGCCAACACUACAGCUUCUUCUCAUAGGCCCCUGAAUGAACAGAAUGUAAAUAGCGAAUUAUCCAACUCUAAACCAGCAGUAUCCGCUGGUAAGGUCUUACAGCAAGGACAAGUGCCCGCUAGAAGGGCACGCUCUCACUCAGUAUCUUACGGUAUACUCCAGAAGAAGAAUAACGAUGACACCAUAGAUUCUCCGAAAAUAUCUCGAAUCAGAACAGCGCAGGACCAACCUGUUAAGGAGACCAAAAGCAGCACCGUUGCAGAACCCAUUGUUUCGAAAAAGGGGAGAAGCCGUUCUUCUUCUAUAUCAGCUUCUUUAAAUGAACGAUCUAAGAAAUCUUUGUUUGGUUCUUUGUUUGGGAGAAGGCCCUCCACUACUCCCUCGCCCGUUGUUGAAAGACCUCUAUCUUCUCAAACUGACCCUAAAAGGAGCACAGAACUCCCCCCUAUAGAUACUAAACAAUCAAAGAUCUCUACCCCAACUAGUACACCCACCACUGCAUCUUCGAAACCUAGUAGUUCUGGUGGAAAUAAACACUUUGAUGGGUCUCUUACUUCAAAACUUCUAAGUAUCCCUCAUAAUAUCUUAGAUACCUCUUCUGCAAAUUCUAACGCCCACCAUCACCAUCAGUCACAUCAUAGUAAUAUUCAUGAACAGGACUCGCCACCAUCUGAAUCUCCGGACUUACUUCCUAUUCUAGAAAAAGAGACUACGCAAAAACAAUUACAGAAACUAUCAAAGGUAAAUCUGAAGAGGGUUACAAUUGCAGUCCAAGAAUUUAACUCGGAUCCCCCACAGCAGCUUCCUUCUAGAAAGCCUAAAAGAGGUGAUGUCCUCAUACCAGAAGAUAUGAUUAGUGCCCCCCCUCUGAUCUCCCUAGGAAUUACAAACAGUAGCGAUCAAACCAGUUUUCAUUCCAAUAACUCUCCCUCAUAUUCUAAAGAUUCUAAAGAAUAUAAAGUGGCUUUAGAAAAUUUCAAGAAAGCAGCUAAAGAAGCCGAAAAACAUCAAAAGGAUGCAUAUUACGUUGCAGAGCGUAUGGCUCAAGAAGUGGCAAACUACAAGGCCAGGCAAUUGAAGACGUCACCGUUGGUGGUGGCUGGUAAUUCAGCAGCAGAUUCAAUGACGGAUCAAGAGUCCUCUUCCAUGGAUGCUAGAGCUUCUAAGCUCCACAUCGAUAAACCGAUCAAUGCAGGCGCACAUCCUUUCGAAACACGUCAGAAUGACAAUAUUAAAUACUCUCCUCAUGUUGAGCAAACUUUGGACGUAGCUUACACUAGAUGCUGUCAUUUAAGAGAGAUUCUACCAAUACCGUCCACUUUAAGGCAAGUCAAGGGUAAAACUGCGCCUUUGCAAACCUUGAAAUUUUUGAAUCCAAAACCAACGUUAGUGGACAUUUUAUCAUUUUGUGAUUUUAUUGCCAUAACUCCAAUUCAUAAUAUCAUUUUCGAUAAUGUAUGUUUAACCCAUGAUAUGUUCAAGAUUGUCAUUUGUUCUUUAGUAACCUCUCCAGUGGUGGAAAAAUUAGGUUUAAGAAAUGUUGUGAUAAAUGAACAAAGUUGGAAACUACUUUGUAAAUUUUUACUACAAAAUAAAACAUUGAUUAAGUUGGAUAUUUCUCAAACUAAAGCAAGGACAGAUUUAAAUGAUUCUAACUACAGAGACCAAAUGGACUGGGAAUUAUUUUGCGAAGUUCUUAGAAAUAAAGAAGGUAAACCUUUGGAAGAAUUGCUUUUGAAUGGGUUAAGGUUUGACAAAAUGUCAUUCAAUCAUUUCAAAAAUAUCCUACUUACAUUUGCUCAAAAGAACCCUAAAAAUUCUAUUCGUCUCGGGAUGGCUAAUGUGGAAUUCUCAACUCAGUGUUUUGAUUUUCUCUUUGAUUGGAUGUCUGAAUAUAAUGUCCAGGGUGUGGAUUUGGCCUAUAAUAAUUUGGAAAGUUUGGUGAAACGAAUGAUCAAGAAACUGGCUAGACUUCCUUAUAAGCAUUUGGAAUAUUUCACUCUUAAUAGCACUAAUAUUACCUCUGUUGAUGAUAUGUCCUGCGUACUGAAAUAUCUUUCAAGAUUGCCCAGCAUAAAAUUUCUUGAUUUGAGCAACUUGCCUCAGUUAUUUCCGGGGAUUUUAACAUCCGGCUAUAAGUAUCUUCCUCAAUUUUCACAGCUGAAACGUAUUCAUUUUGAUUUUAAUGAUCUUUCUGUAAAGGAAACAACAAUGCUUGUCAGCAUAUUAGCCAAGUGUGAAACCCUCUCUCAUGUUUCAUUGAUAGGACAAAGUCCUAUGCCCGACGCAAAUAAAAUAUCAGCCAGUACCGAUGAGCCCGAUAAGAUGAGGGCUGAAAAGAAAGAACAAAUCACAUUCAUGAGAAAUACACUUUGGGCAUCAUUGUAUGCGUUUGUUAGGGACUCCCACAAUUUAGUUAGUUUGGACGUUGACUAUGAUCAAGUGCCAGACGAAAUUCAAUCAAGAAUUGCCUUAUGUCUAAUGCAUAAUAUGAAGAGAAUCAUGGACUCCAGCUUCAAACUAGAUGAAUUGACUGUACAAGAUGAUUUAAUAUUUGAUGGUUCUUUAAUAACCGAAACUGCAGAAGAAGUUCUAAAAAGAUUGAAUGACAAAUCUUUGCUCCAAAAUGAUGUUGGGAAGAAAUAUCUUCUAAAGAAAUAUUUUGAAAAAAUGGAAAAGGUACAUCAUAACGUUCAACAUACAAUUGAUUCUAUGUUUGAGAAGAGAAAAUCUGGUGAACUGCCAUUGCAGGAAAAGGAAAACCUACUGAGAUUACUACUCCUUGAGAAAAAUUUAUCAAAUAUUCUUGAUAUUUUUGCUUCUAUGCCCAAUAUAGCAGACGUCGUACCAUUUUCGAAAGCCGAUAAUAGUUUCCCCAAUAUUGGGGAUAGCUCGGUUGGGACAAACUAUAACGAUGGUAUUCGUCCGUCCCUGAAACAUUUAGAUUCGGACAGGUUAAUUAACGAUGCUUCAAUACCUGAAAACGAUUCAUCAAUUAGACCACACUUGAUGGCCACUGAUUCAGGACGUAUCAUCGAUGUAACCACCGGUAAAGCUCUUCUUUUCAAAAGUUCGUCUAACACCUCACUGGCUGGCAAAAGACAGGAAGAAGAGGAAGGUGAGUUACAUAAAUGGGGUGUGUUCGUUCAGCACCAAAGUUCAAGACAUAAUUCUGGGUUUCCUUCAUCCGCCAGUUCCUCCAGAAUUAGCAGCCCAUCAACACCAAAUGGUAGUAUCGCUGAUGGAAAGAAGAGGGAGUCGGCUCAAACAUCCGGUUCAAGGCCAAAAAUCUUACCAAAGAUACCUACUGGUACCGAGCUAAGGGAUGCCAUUAUCAAAGCCAAGGGUAUCGAUUCUGUUGAUGAUCUGAUCAAGAACGUUACUUCUGAAAAGGUUGGCUUGGAAUCAUUAUAUGGAGACGAAUUGAACCCUAGAAGCCCAAGCAAUGAUAGUUUACAGGAGUCACAGCAAAAGGCGCCUUUUCAAAGGCCACUUAUUGAAGAUGAAACAGUGACAAAAAAAUAUGACAAACUAUUGAAUGAUUUGUCUAAUGUUCGUCAUAGUAAAACCUAA